AUGGAACCACCACCGCCACUCUACUCAGCAGUUGUAGAACGUGCUUCAAUCGAACAUCUACCUCCUGAGUAUGCCGACAUUGAGAAAUUCAUAGCUGAAAUGGUCGGAGCUACCGGUGGUCGAAUUCGAAAAAUCAGACCACUUGACCAGCGUGGAACAUAUCGAUUUGAGAUUACUGGUACCUACCGCUAUUGUGAAAAUAUUCAUCGUCAGCACAAAAAAAAUCAGAUCUAUUUUAUUAUAGAUCCGAUAAAAAGAAUUUACUAUCAAAAGUGCUACGAUCCCGACUGUCAAGGUUUUCGCAGUCGUUCGAGAACUAUCAUCGAUGGACACACCAACGCAAUUCCUGAACCACCUAAGAAUCCUGUCGAUCGGUGUCCUAAUUGUCAAAAACAAUUGACAAAUAACCGCAGGGAAAAAUGCGAACGUUGUGGAAACGCAUUUUGUUCCAAGUGUGUCUCGGACUGUGAAUUAUGUUGCGACGCGACCCAUUGCAACCGAUGCAUUGAAGCAUGCUGGGAUUGUCACGAUCCAUCCUAA